AUGGCAUGUCCUUUUUCACGGGAACGCUUGAAAGCGAGCUGCGAGGAGCAAAGGGAACGAGGGAACGACGGUCAACCGCGGAUGGGUCGACUGGGACGAGAGGACGGUGGAAAAUCGAGACAAUCCUCGUUCGAAGUAACGUCGUUGCUGAUGAGAGAGGAGACAGACGAUGCCGAAGACACACAGACACUGAACCUGAAACACCUGAGGGCCGCUGUUCUGGUGCUGACCAAUCCAUCGAACGAGGUGGUUGCCGUGGCUCUGGGGGCCCUUUUGAGCAAAGGCGAGGAGCCACUCUCAACCUCGAGGUCUCUUGAGAAACUGCUGUACAACGUCGAUGCUGAAGAGAACUAUAACUUACUGGAGGACAUUUACGAGACACUUAGCUAUGAAUGCGACGUAGAAGUGAGCACGUUUUUCGAUCACCUUGGUCAGGAGCUGAUCUACACCGCUUGUGUCGGUCUUCUUGAACGGGCGUUCCGUGCUCGGCAAUAUCUGACAGCUUUUCUGACUACUCUGGACGGCGUGAACGACGUUGUGCAACAUCAGUCUGGAUCUGAAGCGGAGGCAGAGUUCGUAUGCAUCGCCACCCCGGAAGCGAUAGAACUGCAUUUCACAACUGACCAUCCAUCUAUCGCGUAUCUACUGGUUGGCAGCUUGAAAGGCAUCGGCCAGACAGUUUUAUAACGACAAUGCGACGUGUACAUUCUACCUGAUCCCUAUAAUACGAAUUUUUUCAGGUAUCGUAUUACGCCAGAACGUUACAGCGAGCAGUUGCUAGUCGAUUCAGAGGUCGACGAUAAUGUCGAUACGGUCACGUCUCCUUUCCGUCCACUUUCGACCGAAGCCACGGACCUUCGUAUGGGGGUUGCGAGUUUCUGCAAAGCGUUUCCAUGGCACUUUGUCGUCGAUCGACAAUUGGAACUCGUGCAGCUUGGUGUCGGAUUCAUGAGGAUCUUCGGACAUCAUCUAAACCGAUUGGGGCGAGAAAUAUCGACGUACUUCGUCUUUACACGACCUAGCGGGUUCUUUGACCUUCACGAGAUACUGAAACGAGCGAAACACACCUUCGUGUUGACCCUACAACGACCACAAGGCGUUGAUAAAUAUCCCGCGGAGGGCUUAGAGAUGAAAGGUCAGAUGGUUCAUUGUCCAGAAUCGGAUUCCAUCCUAUUCGUGAGCUCACCAUUUCUAAACGGUCUGGAAGGAUUAACUGGCCGAGGACUUUUUAUAUCUGAUAUUCCAUUACACGAUGCAACAAGAGAUGAUUUGGUUGGAGAACAAGCCAGAGCCCAGGAUGGUUUAAGAAGACGAAUGGAUAAGCUGAAGAGUUCGAUAGAAGAAGCAAACCAUGCUGUGUCUGCUGAAAGAGAAAAGAACGUCAGUUUGCUUCAUCUUAUAUUCCCUCCAGAUAAUAGCGAAACGUUUUAUGGAGAAACAAUCGAAGCAAAGACCUAUCCAGAGGUAACAAUGCUUUUCAGUGAUAUUGUUGGUUUCACGGAAAUAUGUUCCACAGCGACACCAAUGAGGGUCAUCAACAUGCUCCAAACCCUUUACGAACAAUUCGACUCAUUCUGUGGUCAGUUAGACGUUUAUAAGGUUGAAACAAUCGGAGACGCCUAUUGCGUGGCGUGUGGUCUACACCGUGAUACCGUAAUUCAUGCACAACAAAUAGCUUGGAUGGCUCUAAAAAUGAUACAAGCAUGUUCUAAUCAUCUAACUCACAAGGGUAAACCAAUAAGGGUAAGAAUUGGCAUACACACUGGAAUGUGGUUGGCAGGAGUUGUUGGAAAGAAAAUGCCAAGGUAUUGUCUUUUUGGUCACAACGUUACUUUAGCGAAUAAAUUCGAAUCUCUAAGCGAACCACUUCAUCACGUUAGUCCAACGACAUACGACUUAUUGAAAUAUCCCGUACCAGGAUUCGAGUUGGAACCGCGCAGAAAGGAAUUCCUGCCAAAGGAAUUUCCGGCUAACAUCGAGGGAAUUUAUUUCCUGUACGGUUACAAGAACAAGGAUGUAGAUGUGAAUCAUCAUUUGGAUCUUCAUAUUAAAGCCGCGAUCAGAGAAUACGGAAUUGGCGCCAGCUUGUAGAUAACCCAUAAAAUCAUAAAUCGUCUCAACGAACGCGUGUCGUCCGUGAAUGUCGCUGUACCAUGCUACUUUCUUCGUAAUAACACUUUCAAUGAAUUCACGAAACAAAAAAAAAAAACUGGCACCGUCUAACGACGCUGAUUCUAAACAGACUGACGGCCGAUUCGCGAGCCGGUAAUAUUUAUACGCAGAGUUUUAGGUUACAAUUAUUAUAUACUUAUGACCAUAUGAGCAAAUAACUCGUAUGAUAAACUGUGA